GGCUCGCAGUGGCUAGGUCCCCGGUGACGGCGGCUGCAGUGGCGGCGGCGGCGGUGGCGACUGCCCGAGCCCGAGCCCAGCGAAGCCAGAUCCCGGGAGAGCGUGUCCUGCCGCAUGUGAUGAAAGUGUCUGCUCUCAGGGAAGGCACAGCCAUGGCUUCCCCACCACCCCGGCAGAUGGAGGAGGAGCUGGCAGCUGCUGGCUCGGAGCCAGGUGACCCUCGGGCCAAACCCCCGGUCAAGCCCAAACCUCGGGCCCUGCCUGCCAAGCCGGCCCUGCCUGCCAAGCCUGGCCUGCUGGUGUCUGUUGGGCCACGGCCUCCCCGGGGUCCCCUGGCAGAGCUGCCUUCUGCCCGGAAGAUGAACAUGCUGGCGGGACCCCAGCCCUAUGGUGGCAGCAAGCGUCCUCUUCCCUUUGCUCCAAGACCAGUGGCUGAGACUUCUACUGGAGGAGAAGCCACCCGAGAGACUGGGAAAGAGGAGGCUGGGAAAGAAGAGAUGCCCCCCUUGACACCCCCAGCUCGAUGUGCCGCACCGGGGGGUGUGCGGAAGGCCCCCGCCCCCUUCCGUCCAGCCUCAGAGCGCUUUGCAGCCACCACGGUGGAAGAGAUCCUAGCCAAGAUGGAGCAGCCGCGGAAGGAGGUCCCCGCCAGUCCUGACCGCCUCUGGGGCUCCCGCCUCACCUUUAACCACGAUGGCAGCUCAAGAUACGGUCCCAGGGCCUAUGGCAUGGCUGCUGGUCCCAUGGAUGAGGAUGGUGGGGCCCUCUCCAGGGGAUGGUCCCAGGAGGGGCCUUCAAAGCCUCCCACAGAGUGCCCAGAAAAGCACAGCCAGACCCCCGAGGAGAGGAGCCCCGCUUUGGACCGGGCCUUCAACGGGGACCUCUCGCAACCCGCCAGCUCUGAGCCACUUACUGAUGUUCCCAAGCCCUGGGUCUCCUCAAGUCCAGGCCCCACCUCAGAGAAUGGAGGGUCCACCAGCCCAGGCCUUCCUGCUGAAGUCUCCGGCUCAGCCCCUGGCUCUCCCAGACUUCACUCACCCGACGGGAGCUCUCCUCGCCGUGCGCACCUUCCAGAAGUCCAGAGUCCUUUAGCCUCCGGGCCUUCUCCCUGCCUGCCCGUGACUUCAUCAGCCCCGGCUGUAGCCCUGCCUGACGAGGGCUCCUGCCGUGCCCCUAGCCCAGGGCUCCCUGCUUGGGGUGCUCCAGAGGCUCCCAGACCUGGCAGCCCUCCAGUGGAGAAGGUCUUGGGGUGCCACAGCCCAGAGCAGCCUCUAGUCACCUCGCCCCGGCCCCUGAAGGAAAGGGGUGAAUUGCUCGAUUCUGAUCGGACGUUUCCGUCUGGCGAGGAGGCGGCCAGGGCUGACACCAGCCUCCGCCCCACCAGCCUGGCUCAGCGCCGGUUUUCCGAAGGUGUGCUCCAGCCGCCUAGCCAAGACCAGGAGAAGCUGGGGGGCUCACUCGCUCACCUGCCCCAAACCCAGGGGAGCCAGUCAGCCCUGGAUCAUCCCUUUGAAAGUGGGACAGAGUCCAACUGGAGCUUGUCUCAGUCCUUUGAAUGGACCUUCCCGACUCGGCCUUCGGGUCUAGGGGUGUGGCGGCUGGACUCCCCACCCCCCUCCCCUAUCACCGAAGCCACUGAGGCUGCAGAGGCCGAGGCUGCCGAAACUGGGGCCACUGAGGCACCUGACUGGGCUGCAUCCAGUAGAGAGGGAGUGUCCCAGCAGGGGCGAGAGGCCCAGUCCACUCCAGAGGGACCAGAAAGACCUGGUUCUGGGGUGCAGACAGAGGAUUCAGGCAUCUCCCCAACCCAAAAAGGUGAUGGGGAGAGUCAGCCUCCAUCCCCUGCUGUUCCCCUCAAGCCUCUGCCAACAAUGGGGGACACACCUGAACCGGCCUUGCUGCAGGCAGAGGAGAGAUAUGAGGAGCAGGAGCCCACAGCCGGACAGGAGUCCCUGCUCCCUCUGGCCACUGGGGAGGCUGCCCGGCCCCUCCUGGAGCCAGUCCUGGGGCAGCAGCAGCCAGCACCCCCUGAUCAGCCUUGUGUCCUCUUUGCUGACACUGCUGACCCUGGGCAGGCAUUACCUGCUGAGGAGGAGACUCUGACCCUGGCCCGGGCUGAGACUACCCAACCCAGAACGGAGGCUCAAGACCCCUGUAGCAGCUCCCGCUGGCUGGACGACCUCCUGGCUUCGCCGCCACCCAAUGCUGGCAGUGCACGGCGGGGAGCUGGGUCUGAGCUGAAGGACACACAGACGCCAAGUGCCUGCUCUGAGGGACUCCUUGGCUGGGCCCAGAGAGAUCUGCAGAGUGAAUUUGGGAUUGCAGCGGAUCCGCAGCCCAGCAGUUUUAGCCCUUCCAGCUGGUGCCAAGACACUUCUCAGGACUAUGGCCUUGGGGGUGCGAGCCGUAGAGGGGACCCAGGCCUUGGACAGAGGGACUGGUCCAGCAAGUGUGGGCAAGGAGUGGGAGAAGGGAGCACCAGAGACUGGGCCAGCAGGUGUGGCAUCAGCCGUGAGGAGCUGGAGGUCAGCAGCCCGGAUGGGAGUGCAGUGUCUGCCCCAGGGGGACUUGCAGCCCAGGACCGGGUGAUUGGAAAGCCAGCCCCACUUGGCACUCUGCAGAGCCAGGAGGCGGAUGUUCAGGACUGGGAGUUCAGAAAGAGGGAUUCCCAGGCCGCUUUCUCCAGCCGCGACGCGGAACUCCAGGACCAGGAAUUUGGGAAAAGAGAUUCGCUGGGUUCUUACAGCAGUCGGGAUGCGAGCCUUCAGGACUGGGAGUUUGGGAAGAGAGAUUCUUUGGGGGCUUAUGCCAGACAGCAGGCAGAUGAACAGAGCCAGGAAGGGGCGGAGAAGGACCACCUCAGCAGGUUCAGCAGCCAGGAUGCUGACGGGCCGGGCCAGGAGUUUGGGAAGAGAGAUUCGUCACUUGGCACCUAUGGCGGUGGGGGUUCUGAGCAGCCAGACCAGGAUUUCGGAAAGAGUGCCUGGAUGAGGGACUACAGCAGCUGUGGCAGCUCUGUGGCCCUCGGCCCCCAGGACAGAGGCUUCGGGACGAGAGCCCCGAGUGCUGGGUUCAGCCCUGAGGAAGCCCAGCAGCAGGAUGAGGAGUUUGGGAAGAAAAUUUCGAGUGGAGGAGAUAGCCUGGGUGAGGCCAGCAGGGAUGCAGGCCAUCCAGAGGAGAUAGAGUCGAGGGGCUUGUUCAGCCCCAGCACCCCCCAGUUGCAGGAUGGGGCACUGGGGCAGAGGGGCCCGAGCAGCUGGCAGGACAGCGGUGCCAGCCAGGAAGUUGGAGGGCCGCAGGAGAGACGGCCGGCCGGGGGCCAGAGCCCGGGUGAUGCUGACCUGGGAGGCAGGGAAGUGGGGCAGCAAGGCUGGCCUGGCGACAUCAGCCUCAGUGUUGCGCCCCAGCCAGCGGUGGCCUUCAGCCCAGGGCAGCGAGACUGGAGCGGUGACUUUUGCACGGAGGCUGCUGAGAGAAGCUAUCAGUUUGGCAUCAUUGGCAAUGACCGAGUGAGUGGUGCCGGUCUGAGCCCUCCCGGCAGGAUGGAAGGUGGCCACUUUGUGUCUCCUGAGAAGACCUCGGCUGGGCCUGUGGACUGGACUGACCAGCUAGGCCUCAGGAACUUGGAAGUGUCCGGCUGUGUGGGUUCCGUGGGCUCAAGUGAGGCCAGGGAGGAUGCCGUGGGACAGAUGGGCUGGUCGGACAAUUUGGGCUUGAGAGACGUGGACCUGGCCAGCUGUGCGAAGACUGGGGGGCCUGAGGAGCCCAGGGGGAUGGGAGUUGGGGAGAAAGACUGGACUUCUGAUGCUGGGGUGAGGGGCAGAGAUUUGGCUGGGGUCGGGGAGGAAGGAGGCCACAACCAGGCCAGAGAGAGUGGCGUGGGGCAGACCGACUGGUCAGGUGUGGAGGCUGGACAGUUCCUUAAAUCCAGGGAGCGUGGAGUGGGCCAGGCAGAUUGGACACCAGACCUGGCUCUGAGCAACAUGGCCAUGGGGGCAGGUAGCGGCUCCAGGGAACUCGGGGUGGGCCAGGUGGACUGGGACGACAGCCUGGGCCUGAGGAAUCUGGAGGUGGCCUGUGACCUAGAGGCCGGCGCUUCUCGGGAGCCACGGGGAUGUGGAGUGGGGCAGACCGACUGGAGCCAGGACCUGGGGCUCCAGAGUAUGGGGCUCUCUGGGGCCCCGAGUGAAUCCAGGGAGCACGGGGUGGGAGAAGUCAGCCAGUGCCCAGAGCCAGGUCUUGGGGACACUGGCACGUUGAGCCCUGGCUUGGAGGCCAGAGACCCCAUGGAGGCCAGGGAGCUGGGGGUCGGUGAGACAAGUGGGCCAGAGACCCAGGGUGAAGAUGACUCCUCACCGUCCUUGGAGACCUGCCCUGAAGGUCCCGGAAUGGACACAGGAGAAGCUCCCGGCUUCGGAGCCAGCCCCGGUGGGUGCCCGGCCCGCUCUCCACCCUCUGGCUCCCAGGGCCUGCUGGAGGAGGUGCUGGCCAUCAGCAGCUCCAAGGCAGUGGCCCGGAGGGAGUCCGCAGCUUCGGGCCUGAGGAGCCUGUUGGAAGAGGAAGGAACCCUGGCAGGGGAUGACCAAGGGGAGCCCCCAGAGCCCAGCAGGGACCUCGUGUCCUCCUGGAGGCCCCAGCCUGAUGGUGAAGCCAGCCGGACAGAAGAGGUGGACGGCACCUGGGGCCCUGCGGGGGCCGGGCGGGGCGACCAGGGCGCAACGCGCCCUCCUCGGCGGCCCCCCCAAGGGCCUCCCCCCAGCUCCCCCAGCCAAGACUUCUCCUUCAUCGAGGACACUGAGGUCCUCGACAGUGCCAUGUAUCGGAGCCGUGCCAACCUGGGGCGCAAGCGUGGGCACCGGGCCCCGGCCAUCCGGCCAGGUGGUACCCUGGGCCUGUCGGAGGCGGCAGACUCUGAGGCACGCCUCUUCCAGGACUCCACAGAGCCACGAGCUUCUCGGGUGCCGUCUUCCGAUGAGGAGGUGGUGGAGGAGCCUCAGAACCGCCGGACACGGAUGUCCUUAGGCACCAAGGGGCUGAAAGUCAACAUCUUUCCCGGCCUGAGCCCAUCAGCUCUGAAGGCCAAACUGCGCCCCCGGAACCGUUCAGCCGAGGAGGGGGAGCCGGUGGACAGCAAGGCGAGCCAGAAGGAGUCUGUGGUCCAGCGGUCCAAGUCCUGCAAGGUCCCAGGGCUGGGGAAGCCCCUCGCGUUACCUCCCAAGCCAGAGAAAUCCUCAGGGUCAGAAGGAUCGUCACCCAAUUGGCUACAAGCCCUGAAGCUGAAGAAGAAGAAGGUCUAAGAAGUCACUGAGGUCCUUCCCAUCUGGCAGUCUCAGGCAGUGCCCGUUCCUGUGGGGUCCCCGGCAAGGAGAUGGCUGGAGUUCCCCAUGUCCCAGGCUGCAGCCUCUGCUCCCCUACACCUCGGAGGAGUGUCUGGGGAGGCACACUUAUGCACUUUGUAUCACCCUCCCAACUUCCCCUACACCUUCUCUUCCUGCCUGGAUUCCAGCCUGGAUUCUGUCGAUAGUGGUCCAGGGUUCUGGUCCUUCCUCUGUGCACACUCUGCCCGCCUCCCUCCUGCUUCCUCCUCCAGCCUACCUUGGGUUUUCUUUUGAUACCAAUUUAUAGCAUUUUUUAUAAAAGCCUUUGAUUUUUGUAAUGGGUGGAGCCCAGCCCACCCCAGGUCUCCUUCCACCCUGCCAGGUGCCCCACAGAGACCAAUAACAUUUUGCCACUUGAAACAAUAAAGUUUUUUGGGAAUUGGUGUUG